AUGGCGGAAUCCUUGAAAAAGCCCUUCAAAGACAGUCUGAGAGAUAUAAAAGAACGAAUGAAAGAGAAAAGAAAUCAGAGAUUGGUUAAAAUUGGCCAGACCUCCACUGUAAAAUGCAAAAGAGCAACCAACAGCUCGAAACAAAUGAAGAGCAUCCAAGCAAACAACAGAGCUCUAGCCCAGGCUUUGCAAGAAGAAAAGCUCAAACUGAGGGAUGCCCAGGCUACCAUCCUUUAUUUAACAAAGGAGUGUCAAGAUCUGAAGCUUCAGGUGUUUGACUCACAUAGAAAUCUUAGGUUCAACCAAGCACGAGGACUAGUUGAGCAUCAACUGUCAGCCUUGAAUGAGAUAAUUUCAAAAGUUUCUCAGAAUUUACUGGACUCAAUUGAUCUCCUUGGCCCAGCGAAGAAUUUGUGUUCCAUGGAUGCAGAUCAGGGAGUGCUUUCUUCAUUUUGUGAAAAUAGUGCCAGUGUCGCAAGACAAGUAAGUUCAGUAGGACCUCUACAAUGUGUUGAUGGAGAGGAUCAAGUAUUUCCCAAUGGGAUGAAGACUGAUGGUGAAAGAAAUGAGCGGGCUCAUUCUGCGUCAGAGAUCUGUGAGGAAUCUGAUAACUCCAUUUCCUUAAUCAAUACAGUUCCAGACAAAGGAGGAACAUCAGAAUUUGAUCUGGAUGGCAUGAUAGCGUCAGAGCUGAAAAAUGUUUUUUCAGGUGGAGAGGAUGGGUUUGGUAACAUGUUACAAAAAAAUGUGUCCACCAGAUGUCGCUAUUCAAAGAUGAGAAAUUGCAAUGAACUUUGCACUGGUGUCUUGGACUGUUCAGAAGCACCUGAUUCAACACAAGAGCAUUCUAAACAGGAUGAAAUUGGACUUGAGGAAAGCCUAGAGAAGUAUGCCAUAGAAAACAUCAAUUCAAGUACUUCUCAGUUGAAGGAAAACAAGGUAGACUCUGAGCCAGUAUUAAGACAGACAGAUCCUGAAACUGCACAGUUAAACAGUGAUUGUCAUCUUAAACAACAGGAGCGUAAAAGCAGAGGAGACUCUCAAUUAAGGAAAGAGAAGCAUCAGAAGGGAAAACUGGAACGGCCUAAAAAUACCUUGAGACAAAGUAUAAAAAAAAACCAGGGUAAAGAGGCUUCCAAAGAAAAGUUGGAUUUCUUGGGUGGCUCCAAUGAUGCUUAUGACUUUCAUUUUGAAGAGUCUGUCCACGUCACCCCUUUUCGACAAAAGAAGGGGGGUGACACAGAUACUGAUGUGGAUGAAAAAGAAGACUCAACUGAAACUAGUACCAUGGAGACAAGUGACACUGAAGAAGAUUCAGAUGAUAGCCUUUAUGAGCCUUACAAGGGUAAAUCGAAAAAAAGGAAAAGUUCAGUGGACAAGAAAGAUACAUCACCAGUCUACACAAGGCCAAGAUCUAAAAGAUGUUUGGCACGUGAGCUGAAACUGCAUGAUGAAAAAAAGACCGAAAGCAAUAAAUCAAGUGACAAGUCUAUUAUGCAACCUUCUGAGCCAUCUCGUGGUCAUCUUUGUGACGUUACCAACACCACUUCGUUGCUCCCCAGCACUGAGAAUGCAGCUGUUGUUCUAGCAGGUGAAGGACCACGAUCUCCAAAACGCAAGCGAAGCUGUACUCUUAGUGUGAACUAUAAAGAACCAAGUAUCAUAGGGAAACUCAGGAGAGGAGAUCCAUUUACGGAUACAAAUUUUUUAUCUUCUCCAAUUUUCAAGCAGAAAAAAGAUUCUAAAUGCCAUCCUCAUAGGAAAAAGUCUUUGUCAAAAUACAACGAGAAAUUUGUUGGUUGUCGUUGA